AUGUCGGUGUGGUCACGAGAUCACUCAACUAAGCAAUUGAGGAGACUUGGGGCCUGCAGUCACGAAGUUAAGGAUGCCGUGUUACGGUGGGCAAUCGAAAUUCGGCGGUUCGGCCUUAAAAGAGACAUCAACGAAUGGACCAUGAAUAUCGGACAUGCCACGCAGAUUUUCUGGGCCGAAACUACAACGGUGGGAUGCGGAAUGCUUACGUGCACUGAUGGAAUGAUAAGUGUCGUUUGCCAUUACUACCCGAAAGGGAACUACGCUGAGAAGAGAAAUGGUACACGCCUGUCAUACACUUUCCGAAUGCGGAAAGCCUAA